UUAUCAAGAGGAUUUAAAGGAGUGUUCAACCCUGUUACGUCUUGUCUUUUUGGCAACAGUUGAAACUAGAAAAACUUAGAAUGAAUCAGAAAGUUGUUCUCAUAACCGGAUGUUCGUCUGGGAUCGGUCUAGCCUUGGCUGUCCGUCUAGCAAAGGAUGACAAGAAGAGAUUCAUGGUCUAUGCCACCAUGAGGAACCUGAGCAAAGGCGAGGCCCUGGUCGAGGCGGCAGGCCGGACCCUGGGCAGAACUCUGGAGAUAAAACAGCUGGAUGUUUGUGAUGGAGAGUCCAUCAAAGCCUGUGUGGACAGCCUGCCCGAGCGUCGGGUGGAUAUUUUGAUCAGUAAUGCUGGGAUGGGUAUGAUCGGACCAAUCGAGUGUCAGUCCAUGGAAGAGAUGAAGACUGUCAUGGAUACCAACUUUUUUGGGCUUGUGAGGUUGUUGAAGGAGCUUUUACCUGACAUGAAGAAGAGGAAGAAAGGUCACAUUGUGGUCAUCAGCAGUGUGAUGGGCAUACAAGGAAUUUUAUUCAAUGAUGUCUACGCUGCAUCCAAGUUCGCAGUGGAGGGCUUCUGUGAAAGCUUGGCCGUCCAGGCCCUGAGAUUUAAUCUCAACAUCAGCCUGAUCGAGCCAGGUCCAGUGAUAACUGAGUUUGAACGGAAAGUGUAUGAGGAGGGUCUGAAGACGGAUCUCACCAACGCAGACAAAGUCACAGCUGACAUGUUCACCAACAUCUACUUGAAGAACUACAGUCAAAUUUUUGAAACUCUGGGUCAGAGCCCUGACGACAUCGCAGAGCAUACACUUAAGAUCAUCACAAUGGACAAUCCACCGUUCCGUCACCAGACCAACACUCUUUACACCCCCAUGACCACACUCAAGUACGCCGACCCCAACGGUGACCUCCCAAUCGACACAUUUUACAAAAUGGUAUUUGAGCAUGAUAAAGUUUUCAACGCCAGCCUCAACUUUCUGAAGCUUCUUCGCUGGAGAAGUCGGAAGAGCUUCACCUUGGAGAAAGACAAGAGCAACUAAGCGCACCUUUGUUGUGUCCUAUAUAAACCAUUGACUGGGCGUACGGUCCAUUCAUUAGAGGAGUUCCUUGUUACAUGAUAGCAUGAUGUAAGAACUCUUUUUGCAAGAAAUAAAGUGUAAUAGAACAUAAAUC